GAAGACGCUUUCGUCCUUUUAUAUAUUCAGGAUUACAUUAUCCAAAAUGGGUCCUCCCUAUUACUAGUAUACUAAGGUGUGAUUUUAAGUGCAGAGAUUAAAUCGCUUUGGUUAUACAGGAACUAUGUACCCAUGGGGACUACUGCUCACCUCACACCGUUGCUAUAACAACGCUUACACGCAUAAAAGAAAAGAAAAGGAAAGAAGGGAAUGGCGACAUCGUUAGUUUGGCAACACAGACAAACCAGAUUUGAUUUACCAUCGCGGGACUUACAAACAAUAAAUGGAGAGAAUAUUCUGGACGUUAUAAAACUUGUUGAGGAUGUUAAAGCUGCAAAUGGGCAAACGGGUUACUUUAUAGUAACAAACCUGAGGGUAAUAUGGCAUUCUCAACAAACACCAUCUAAGAAUAUCUCCAUUGGUUUCCAGUGUUUCAUGAAAAUAGAAACAUCGACAAAACGUUCAAUACAUUAUGCAACCUCAGAAUCCUUGAUAAUUUAUGCUAAUGACAAAAACCGCUUUCAGUUUAUCUUCACAACCAAUCAGACCCAGUUUCCUCGAAUGGUGUCUUCCCUGAAUGCUGUGUACAAGGCCUUCACAUCAUCUUCCUUAUGCCGAGAGCUCAAAUUGAGGACUAAUUUAAUGCGGAAUUAUGAAUUGAUGCUUCUCCCAAAAGAAGAGAUUUGUGAUAAAAUAAAUGGGGUCUGGAAUUUAAGUUGUGAUCAGGGUAACCUGGGUCUCUUGUAUAUUACAAACAUCCGGGCUGUGUGGAAUGCAGAGACCAACAAGAAUUUCAAUAUUAGUAUUCCCUAUUUGGACAUGGAGUUUGUGAAAAUCCAGCAAUCAAAGUAUGGUCUAGCAUUGAGUAUUGCAGUAUCUGAACUGAGUGGUGGAUACCUGCUAGGCUUUAGAGUGGACCCUCAGGAAAAAUUGAAACAAGUUGCUAAAGUGUUAGAUAGUCUUUUCCAAGCCUCAAAAAUUAAGCCAGAUUUUGGUGUUCACUGCAAAAUUAAUUCAAAGGUUUCUAAAACAGAACUAAAAGAUGAAAUACUUGAAAUUAUUGAAUACUAUCAGAAAGAGGAGCCUCUGGAUGCCUUUGCUGCUUAUCUUUCUGACGGAACCAAGAUGCAAGGUCGUGAGCUGGAAUUUUGUGAUCAUCUUGGAUUGGCUAUGGAGAAACUACCAUCUGGUCUCACUCUACAAGACUUAUGGAAUGUUCCAUCUUGUUGAGUGUCGAGGAAACACAUAAACGUCUUCCAAAUGACAACAAGAAUAAUUGUUAUUGAUGUAGGCAUAAGGUCUGAAACUUUAAGGGGAGAGAAAUACCUGAUUUAUAUUGACCCCCCCCCCCCCGUACUUGAUUGGUACUUUAUUCCAUGUCUACAGAAGGAUGAAAGGUACAGUUGAUCUCAAUUGAAUUUGAACUCAGAAUGUAAAAUAUCAUAGCAAAUACUUGCCAAUCUGCUACUCUAGAAUAAUUAUUUUUAACACAAACAUAGGUUUCAAAUGAAAGGAGGUGGGGAUUAGAUGAAGAAAACCAACCCAAGUAUUUGACUGACACUUUAUUUCAUUGGUCCCAGAGGAAAAAAAAAUACAGUUAACCUCUGUAAGGUUUGAACUUAGAAUGUAAAAAACCAUGUCCAAAUAAAGCAAGAUUUUUUUGUUUGAAACACAUUCAGCUUUUGUAAAAACAUACUAGAAAGCAGCACCCUUCACUCCACCCUCACCUGAUUGACAAGAAUUAGGGCUGACCAAAGAGAAAAAGCUCUGCCCUCUUAUCCUUUAGCUACAUCUACCAUCUGUCCUUAAGCCUUUAACUUAUCAGCUUAAUAUCUGAUAUGGUCCCUAUUUGGGGCCAUCGAUAUCAAACUGAUUUUUAGAAUGAGGCAAAGAGUUAGGGGCUUGCUCCGCCUUUGCCAUGGGUUGGCCUGGUAUAGCAGUGCUUCCAGGAUUCAGCCCAUCUCCCACCUGGGAGAUAAAAAUAAACUAUGUUCAUUGCAUAACUUCCUCCCCCAUAGACAGGCAGAAGACUAGCUACUCAAAGAAUAUAGUAGGUCUGUCUUACAAUAAACUCAGGUAACACCUGGAUCCAUCCUGUAUGUAUAAUAAUGAUUUCUUUCAUUGGUACAAGGCCACAAAUACAUUUGGGAGGAGUAUUGUCCAUUCCAUCAACUUUUUCAAUAAUGAAAUUAUCCAGAAUAAAAAUGUCUAUACCGUGUGUGUGUGUGUGUGUUUGUUUGGUGUAUGUGUUUGUGUGUGUUCUGUGUUUGUGUGUGUGUAUGUGUGUGCACGUGUUAUUGUUGCUGUUGUUGUUGAGUGUUGUGUGUAUAGGGCCUUUUAUAUGGUCAGUCUACCUUCUAGGAAUAUCAGCGAAAUAUGUCUCAAAUACACCCAACCUUCUCAAAAGAGGAAUCUCAUAUUGAACAAUACAGUCCAACAUAAAAUAUUUGGAAGACUAAGAGAUGCUCAUAGCUGAAGGCCAAGCCUUUAAUCCUAGAUUUGCUCAUUUAGAUUCAACAUCAACCACAAUAACAGUAACGAUGAUGAUAACAAUAGUGAUGGUGAUGACAAUGAUGAUGAUGACGACCUAGUCCAUAUAAGAGAAUUGGUGAAAGACUUAGAAACAGUGUAAACUUGGUGAAAACCAAAAUUUUAGUAUGUAGAAAAACAAACAGGUUUCUGCUGCCACCAGAGAAUGUGAGCUAGCAGAGCCUUAUAGUUAAAAAGUUUGCUUCAUAAGUUACAUGCUUCCAGGUUUAUUUCCCACAGUACGCGUUUCCCUUGGGUAUGCAUCUUCUGUCGUAAGCUUAGGUUGUCCUAAUCUUUAUUAAGUGAAAUAAGGAAGAUGGUAAGCAUGUGUGAACUGGGUGGAUGGACUGUGGCUGACCUUGGAUGACACACAUAAUGCAUUGUCAAUUUUGAUAUAAUAACAUGGUUCAUUGAGGCUUUUAGCAAUGCCCACUCUGUUGACAGCAUUCAGGCCAAGUACUUGAGAUGAGGUUAACUUCCAUGCACCAUUCUCCAGAAUUAUUGGUUAUGGUGGUGGGAAGAGAGGAAUAAAUCACAGCUUAUGCGUUAUCUUCAAGCUGAAGACCUGGUCUCAAUGCAUGUAGCAGACUGGAUUCUGCUAAAGAUUCCCCAAAAGCUGUCUGGUGAUGUUAAAGCCAUAUGAUUAAGUUUGAUGAUAAAUUGUCUCUGUAAGAUUUAGCUGCUCCUUGUACUCUGAGGAAGAUCAGCAUUUCCAUUAGUACCUCUGCAUGGUUGUUCAAACUGCUAAAAAUAGCAGCCAAAUCCCCCUCAUACCACACUUUACUAUUGUAAAAAUGGAAGGAUGUGUUGGAAAAUGUAGUCAUGGAAAUAAGAUGGUAUAGUCAUGGCUGGUAUAGAAAAUAAAAUUUACAUUUCUCUGUGGUCUGUGAAAUAUGUAUCAAUCCCCUGUAAUGUAUACUAUAUUCUAUAAACCUGUGGUAUUGUGCAUUUUAACUUUAAAAAUCAAUAUUUAACAUUUUAUACACAUUUUGCUUCCAUAGACCAUUGCUUCCUUGAACUCCAGAUUUUUUUGUUCCCCUUUAACCAAAGUUAACCCCUUUGAAAAUAUUGUGUGUGUGUGUGUGUGGUGUGUGUGUGUAUGUGUGUGUUCGUGCACACAUA